UCCACCUAUUUCAGAAACUUUAAGCAAACUUAAACAAUCAAUUCCAAUAAUUAAAAGAAUCCCACGGGGCGCACGAAUCGCAGUUGCCCAGAAACUCGCAGAUGAUUUAAGAGCUACGGUGAAUCAAAAUUCUAUUGAAAGCUGGGAAAACCUGCUUGCCUUCCCGUAUAGAGUUCUCUACGCCAAAGAUACAGCACAAAGAGGUGUAUCUGUAACGUCUCGGAUCAAGAAAAAUUGUUCCAAUCCUCAUGACCUCUCCGACUUGUCAAGAUCCGCUUUCAAACACAAUUAUUCACUUGCGCAAAAUGUAGAAAAUAAAAUAGGAGAAGGUAAUGUCAAAGGAGCAGCUCACCUUCUCUUCUCUAAUGACGCUGUAGCUCCUGACACCCCAGAGACAUUGAAUGCCUUAUUAAGUAAGCACCCUAACCCUGUUGAUAAUUUUGUGCUACCAGAUCCUCCAGGCCAAUCAGACACCUGUCUUCAGGUAACGUCUGAUGAUGUUUUUAGAUCUGUCUGCAGCUUCUCAAACGGUUCUGCUGGUGGCCUUGACGGUCUCACUCCACAACAUCUUAAAGACUUGUUAGGCCACUCUAGCAGCGAAGCAGGAGAUGCACUACUCAAAGAGCUAACGUCCUUAACAAAUCUAAUGUUAAAAGGUAAGGUCAACUCUGAAGUUACCGACGUCCUGUACGGAGCCAACCUUUUCGCAUUGAUUAAAAAGGAUGGUGGUAUCAGGCCGAUUGCAGUUGGCUCUACCUACCGCCGUUUAGCAGCGAAAUCAUGCUGUAAGGCUGUAUCAGAUAAACUGAGUGCAUAUUUCCAACCGAUUCAAUUAGGCUUCGGUUCCAGGUGCGGCUGCGAGGCUACGGUACACGCACUACGCUCUUUUAUUUCUAAGAAAGAGGGCGAAGUUGUUCUGAAAGUUGACGUCCGCAACGCCUUCAACUCUGUUGACCGAGGCGCCUUACUCACGCAAGUCAGAGAAAAGACACCUGAGCUUUAUAAUUUUGUUUGGCAAUGCUACAGCACGCGUUCCAAAUUACUUUUUAAAAAUAACCUUUUAUUUUCAUCAGUGGGCUGCCAACAAGGUGACCCUUUGGGUCCUGCACUUUUUAGCCUUGCCAUCCACCCUGUCCUGGAAGCGAUGACGAGCUGGAAAACAGCCUGCCCAAAUGCAGACCUCCCCAUCAUUCGCCAUUCGCAGCACCAAUGGGACGAGCCGCUCUGUCGGCUGGUACGGGAUAAUCUCAUUGAAACGUCUACCAGCACCACAGAGCGCGCUCGUCUCCUUGCUGCUGCGAGUUGGGAAUCCGGCUCCUGGCUGCAAGCCCUGCCGUCUAAGAACCUAGGCACCUUGCUGUCAACGAACACCCUUAGAUUUUCUUUAUGUUUGCGUUUGGGUGUUGCUUGCGUGGCCCCUCACCAAUGCCAGUGUGGCACAAGCGUCUCGCGGUUUGGUCUCCAUGGCCUAUCCUGUUCCAGGAGCGUCGGCCGUCUUUCACGUCACGCGAGCCUGAACGACAUUCUCCGCCGAGCUCUCGUUACGGCGGGAGCCCCGGCGGUCCUAGAACCGCCUGGAUUGGCUCGCGACGACGGAAAGAGACCGGACGGCAUGACCCUCGUGCCUUGGAAGAUGGGACGCCCUUUAGUUUGGGAUGCCACAUGUGUGGAUACCCUUGCGGCGUCCCAUCUCCCAGGGACUUCAAACAGAGCUGGUGCUGCCGCCAACUCCGCGGAACACCUCAAACGGCGCAAAUAUGCAGCAAUUGAUUCCAGUUUCAUGUUUGAGCCGUUUGGGGUGGAAACGCUUGGGCCGUGGGGUUCAGGUGCUCACAGCAUCUUUAAGGAGCUUGCCAAGCGCCUCGUCGACGCGACAGGAGACAAGAAGGCUGGCACUUACCUAGCGCAACGCAUAGGCAUUGCCGUUCAACGUGGCAAUGCCGCCAGCCUUCUUGGCACCUUGCCACAGGGAACCGAUUUAGAGCCGAUUUUUUAUUUAUAAAGUAUUUAUUAUAUUAUUUUUAUAGUUACUUAGGUUAGUAUAGUUUUUAAGUUAG